CUCUCUCUUGUAGCCAUUCCCUCUUAAAGAGCCCCCCACGCCCUAUCAAUUGAGGAAUAUGUCAGUACUACUUUAGCUCCCAUGUUACGUGUUUCCACGCCCCCAAACUGUUCAUGCAAGACUUGAUAUGGAAAAAAUCGAUGUAUCGUUGCAGAAAAAUGACAAAGAGUGGAAUGUCGAGAAAGACAGACCAUUUAACGGCCCAACGGAAGUAAAGUUUGUGCAAGAUGAGGCUUCGCCUGAAACUCGCCCUCAAAUUGUGGCCAUGACACAGUCGAUUAAAGCUCUCCACCUCCUGUUGUCCUUGCAAUCCAUGACCUCAGGAUGCGGCAUCAAAUCCAAGCCAAAAAUUCCCCCUCCCGGGGAGAUUGAAAAGUAUUCUGAGAAAUUCGAAAGAUUGAUAGGAGCAAUAAGAGUACUGGAAGAUGAUCUGCAAGCAGAGCGCUGCAAGCUUAAACGCCUUAACACUUGUAGUCUUUACGCAGAUAUUGGUCGCAUGUGUUUGUUCACCAUAGGACUGUGGGCACUUGUGACAUCAAUUUCUUAAAUCUGUUUAAUGUGUGUUGAGAAAUAAUCUAGUACAUUGUUAAAUUUGGUUUUGUCCCUCUUUCGAUAUUUGUAAAAAGCCCUCGGUAUCAUAUUUGCGGACUUGCAGCUCAAGUUGGGAUUAUUUUGUUUUGAAUAUGUCUUUAACAUGGCUUUUAAAAUUUUUUAAACUUAGGUACCACGUGGAGGACGAAAAUGUAGUCUUAUAUGUGAGCCCCAACUCUUUUUGUAUCAUUAAGAUGUAUAUUGAUCACAGUUUA